AUGGCGGAAAAGAAGAAGCCGCUCGACCUGGUCCGUCGCGGGUCCUACGGCAGCGACCUCCUCGGAAACACGCUGUUGAUUGGACUCCGAGCUCUCGACCCUCUCUUGCAACGACACCUCCUGCUACACUCGCCUCUGCCCAAGCUGGCGUCGAAGCUGGGCCUCCCUGCUAGCCCUCGACCACCCGUCUCUGGCGGCCCUGUCUCAUCGGUGACAGGCCUAACGCCAUACCAGACGGUCAUCUGGGCCAUGUCCGUCGGGUCUGCCGCGAAGCACAUUUUUUGGAAACUCUCCACGGCCAGGGAAGCCGUGUACCCUGGCGCGGCGGUGGCCAUCAGCGUGUUCAAUACCGUGUUCAACAGCUUGAACACCCUCUUGUAUCUCGCUUCAGCGGAGAACCCGACUUUUUUCCCACCCUGGAGCGUCUACGUCGGCACGGCGCUGUACGUGUCUGGCCUGCUGAGCGAGACCGUCUCCGAGGUCCAACGCCACUACUUCAAAAGCGACCCCAAGAAUCAAGGCAAGAUCUACACCGGCGGUCUGUUCUCCAUCGCCCGUCACGUCUCGUACACGGGCUACUCGAUGUGGCGCGCGGGAUAUGCGCUGGCGGCCGGAGGUCCUCUCUGGGGUGUCGCCAUCGGAGGUUGGUUCCUCUGGGACUUUGGUGCGCGAGCUGUCCCCGUGCUGGACGAGUACAUGACGAAGAAAUACGGCGAGCAAUGGGUGCAAGUCAAGAGGGAGGUGCCCUAUGCGCUGAUCCCGGGGAUCUGGUGA